CAGUCAAUGAAUUGGGAAUGCCCGGGUAUGCCCUAAAUUGACCAAAAGGCACGUACAGUUGGACAAUACAGCAAAAAUGCGUGUUCGCCUUGCAACUCAGAUUAUAAAAGAGUCACUAGAGUGGCUUAAUGAAUGGGAAAAUAAUCAAUUGAAAAGCCUUAUUCACGCGGAUGGAUUUCUGACCAAAGAAACAGCACAUGGAUUGAGGUUAACUCUUACUUCUACGAUGGAUUUAUGUCAUUACCUAAUUGACAAGUACAAUUUCAAGUAUUUACUAACUGGAAAAGUCAAUCAAGACAAUUUAGAGAAAUUCUUUGGUACGGUUCGACAAGCAGCUGGAAGCAAUGAGCACCCCACCUGUCCUACUUUUCUUCAGCUAUAUAGAUUGCUCUCUGUAUAUAGUGCAUUAAAACCACCUGCUCACGGAAAUUGCACCGUUACUGAAGAAAAAUUUAAAUUCGUAAUAAUCGUUGCUGACAUUAAAAUCCUUUACAAGAAAACUGAGUUUAGUGUCAAUGACAUGUGA